AUGCAAGCCGCCGACGGAACAAUACCUAGCAGGCAGACCGCUGAGCUGCUCGAUCUCGCACCGGAAUUGCGCGAUAUCAUCUUCGCCUUUUGUUUAGCGCCACGACAAGAUCUCUCGGCCAAAUUGUGUCGUACCUCGUCAGUCAAUGCGACUACUUGCGGCGGUUUGACUUUACAGUCUGCAGGCUCUAAAGGUGGAUGCAAACCUGGAUGGGAGUACGAUAGGCGAAGCGGGCGGAUGAUGAUUGAGUUGGACGCUGACAUUGAGACCUUGUCAAGUCUGCGUCUGAGUUGCUCUCAGAUUCAAGCCGAAGUCGACGACUAUGUACGCGCCAAUAUCACACUCAGGAUCCUGGCUGACGAGAUGCGUAUCCGUGCUCUACCAAGGCUGGAUCAUAGGCAGCACACGCAGAACCUUCAGCUGUACUUUCUGUUGGACGCAGCACAUCAUGACCACGAAACAGGAAUAUGCCCUCAAGGCAGCCUGCUCAGGCGAUACUCCACUUGGCUGAAGGCGUUGUUGCUAGGCUUCGAUGAUGAGAGUAACGUCAGUCUACAUCUGCUAUUCGUAUGCCCCGAUCUCGACCUGUGGCAAUCUUUUACACGACAAGCGGCAUGGGUGCACGAUGAGUCGUGGGAAGAGCCUGUUAUACCGGAGUGCCACGACGUUGUCACUGGAACUCAUGAAUUCACACAACAAAUGGCAGUUCGCCGGGUCGAUAUAUCAGCACUAGCAGAGCGUGAUGGUGACAUUUCUGAGAUCAGGGACGGACUUUCGCCAAGAGACAGGUACGCCUCCUACGAUCGAAGCUUGGGCUGGAAGGCGAAUAAAUCAUUUGUUUGUGGGCCAAGACUUAUCGAUGAUGGAUUUGUCUUUCCCGGCGACAAUGCACGCGAUCAAAGGUUAGCGCAUAAGCUCUCGAUGCGAUCUAAGUAG